UUUGUAUUGACAUCAAUUUCUAUGGGAAUUGGGUUAGGCUCGUGUUACGUCGUACCACAUGGGGGCGCAAUAUUGGGGAGACACAUUUAGCAGCAUGUUGGUGUUUUAUAAGUAAUAUAUUAAUUAGAUUGUUAUUUGGUCACGUGUCCAUCUGGGGUGUGUGGAUGGGGAUGUGGGGCCCUGAAUCUGCCCCCACCUCCCUGUCUUUCCCACUCCCUCAUUUUUCCCACACCCCCCCACUUGGACAUAUUUCGGUCCAGGUGGCGGAGCGCGCGCGCAGAGCGGCCGAGGGAUGCAGCUUCUCUCCCGCACGUGGACAGCUGAGCUCGGAGCUGCCGCCGCCGCGCGCCUCUGCCCCGUGACCACCUGAUCCCCACAGGAAACCACGCUUAUCUAUCUGUAUUAUAUUUUGAAAUUCUUUCUUUUUUUAUUAAUUGGAAAAAGCAAAGUGGGACUUUUUUCAAUGCGCCACCAUGCUCAUCAUCUCGUCCCGCAGUGCGCUGCUGUCCGUCUACUACCCGCAGAUCUUCCUCAUCCUCACCAGCGGCAGCUAUCUGUACGUUUCUGUGAUCGCACGCGCUCUACUCAUUUCUUCUUCCCCAGCAGCAGAAAGGGGCCACAGGUGUCCGGACAGACAUGUGUUUUGGAGGAAGGGAAGCUCUUUCUGAACAUUUACUUUUUCCUCGGAUGUAUUUGUUUAGUCAGCUUCAAAGGACAUCAACUUCAAUCACUUCUCACGUUGGAUUUUUUUUUUUUUUUUUUACAUUUUGGGUAAAGAGACAACCUGCUGUUGUGGAUUUGCACCUGGUUCCAAACCCGUUUUUCAUUGGCAGCAUAUGGAGAAGUGAUGUUACAUUGUUGCUUCUUGCUUUUUCACCCAAGUUUUUGUACUUUUGUUGCCUUCAUGGCCCAAGCAGACACACUUUACUCAUAUUAUUACCAAAAACAGGAUCUGAGGGUUUAAACUUGAGAAAGAGUUGUUCUUUGACAGGAGCAUUUGACAUGCAUUCUUGAUUCUUGAAUACACGUUUAGAAUAUAAUAUUCACACUGGACAAGCAGGGAAGGGCUUCUUCUGUCUUUUCUUCUGUUUACUAGCGCAUGUUGGAACAGGCUUGGUGCAAAAAGUUGAUAGUGCAAAAAUCUUGCUCCAGGUUUUUUCUAAUAAAUGAAAGAUUUGGUGUCAUAUACCUGACUGUCACAAAGUGAAUCUAUUCAUUUCUCAUUUCUGAUCAAUAGAUACAUGUGAGAGCUUUGAACGCCCAGAACAUGGGUAUACAUAGACUUUUCAUUGGAAGAGGGCGGUGUGAAUGUAGUUUUAGACUUUCACCUCAUAUGACAUGUUGUCCGGAUGACUAUCGUUUCUUUCCGGAAGUGAUUAAGCUUGUUCUCUGCAUAUGUCCGUGUCCCUGCAGGGCGUUGUCCUCUGUGGUGGCCCUGGGUGCCAACAUCAUCUGCAACAAGAUACCCGGACUGGCCCCCCGGCAGAGAGCCCUUUGCCAGAGUCGCCCAGAUGCCAUCAUUGUCAUUGGCGAAGGCGCCCAGUCGGGCAUCAACGAGUGCCAGUACCAGUUUCGCUACGGCCGGUGGAACUGCUCGGCCCUGGGGGAGAGGACCGUCUUCGGACAAGAGUUAAGAGUAGGCAGCAGGGAGGCAGCCUUCACCUACGCCAUCACGGCGGCUGGAGUCGCCCACGCCGUAACCGCGGCAUGCAGCCAGGGCAACCUGAGCCAGUGCGGCUGCGACCGGGACAAGCAGGGCUACCAGCAUCGCGAGGAGGGCUGGAAAUGGGGCGGCUGCUCAGCCGACAUCAAGUACGGGGUGGAGUUUUCCCGCCGCUUCGUGGACGCCCGCGAGAUCAAGAAGAACGCCCGGCGCCUGAUGAAUCUGCACAACAAUGAGGCUGGCCGGAAGAUCCUACAGGAGAGGAUGAAGCUGGAGUGCAAGUGUCACGGUGUCUCUGGCUCCUGCACCACCAGGACCUGCUGGAUCACCCUGCCCAAGCUGAGGGAGAUCGGACACCUCCUGAAGGAGCGCUACAGCGAGGCGGUCCAGGUGGAGCCGGUGCGGGCCUCGCGGCUCCGCCAGCCGUCUUUCCUGCGCCUCAAAGGGGCCCGGGGCUACCAGAAGCCCAGAGACACAGACCUGGUCUACCUGGAGCGCUCUCCCAACUACUGCGAGGAGGACGCGGCCACGGGGAGCACAGGGACAAGAGGCCGACUGUGCAACGGCACCUCCGCCCUCGCCGGCGGCUGCGGCGUGAUGUGCUGCGGCCGGGGCUACGACACGCACCACUACACGCGGGUCCGCCAGUGCAACUGCAAGUUCCACUGGUGCUGCUUCGUCAAGUGCAACACCUGCAGCGAGAAGUCGGAGGUUUUCACGUGCAAAUAGCGAGUCUGCGAGUCACAGAUUUGCACAUUUUCACAUCCGAUCAGGAACUAGGACGGAAAACGGGACCAUGGAGCAACUAAGCUGCUUGAAGUUCAGCUCCAAACGAUAAAAAACUCAAGAUUGGUACGGAAAAAUGGCUGCUUCUCACUGUACUUUGUUUAAACACUGAAGAAAAGUUAUUUAUGGAAAAACAUUUUAAAUCUAUUGGUUUCAGCAUUUACCAAGACAGCAGUCGAUUAUGAAAACAUUUUUUAUUUUUACAUUUCCAUCAGUAUUUUUGUUUGCUGUUCUUUUUCUUUUUUUGUGCACUUAAUUGGACCAGUUUCCUGGGAGCUGGUAUUGUGCAUCAGUCCACUCAAAGAAAGCCCAGGUGGUCUAAACGCCCGAAACCAAAGAGACGACUAAAACGCUCUCGAUUUGAGCUUUCCUUCGUACAGAAGUGAUCGCCGUUUUCGGAUGAUUCCAAAACUCUGAGAGGAUCAAAACAUCAGAAGAUAUUUCUUUUUUUGUGUACACAUGUGUUUCUCUUUGAUGUGAUGUAACUUACAAGGCAAAUUGAAGAGUUUAUAUUUUUAUAUAUGAGAAAUGUGGCACUUUAUGUCAUAGAUGGGAAGAGAGCCACUAUUUUAAGUGUUCAGAUUUGAAAGCUUUUAAGUUAUUUGGAUUUUUGUGCUCUUAAUUUGAAAAUAUAUGUUUUUUUUCCCUGGCUUUCAAAGUUGUCUAUAAAGCUGCUGGACUCCUAAAUGAUGAAUAUUAUUGCAGAGAAAAGUAAAUUGUUGUGUCCAAAUUCCCUCACUAUUUCCUAACCAUCUAGCGCCCUGGAUUUUAAACAUUUGGACACGUUUGCUAAUUUUUUUGUUUUAAUGCCAAACAUGACAUAAGCCUUGUGCUAAAGUAAAACAAAGACUAUUUAUGAAUCCACUGUGUUCUCAUGAUGAAAACUUGGAUGAUUUAUUUAUAAAAAUACAUUUAAAUAAUCUUUUUUUUCAUAUGACAAACUGUUCAGACGCAAUCUAAUGAACAUCGAUGUACACCUGUUUUUUUGCGGGGACUACUGGGAAAUUCUGCCCAGUUCUCUUAUACAGUCAAUGAAUUGUAAUCUCAGAUACCCCAAAAAAUGCCAAAACCCCUAAAUGGUGCAAUAAGUAGUGAGGAAAUUCCAACCGGUGAAUGGAGUGUGACAUCUCCCAAAGAAAUUGACCUACUUUUGGCUUCAUUAUGAUAUGGACGCCGCCAUGUUGGAGCCAAAUGACAUCAGCAAGCAGUAAUUGGUCUGAGUCAUUGUUUCUAUGGUAACCAGUCAGGCCAAUCAGGAAUAAAAAAUAAAAAAAAAUGGGAAGGCCACACCCGUAGACCACAUACUUUUCUUGAAGCAUCUGAUUGGUCGGUUUAUAACUUGCGCAACAGCAAAUUUAUCAUGAAAAGCUUAGGAUAAUCAAGAGGAUGUAAAAAAAAGAAAAAAGAAAAGCAUCAGAACAAGAAUGUUUAUUCCAAGAAAUAGCCGUUCAUUUCUCAAUAGAAGUCUAUGGAAUUUUGGCUUCCUGGAACCAGUGGAUACUUCCUAUUUGGAAAGGGGGGGGGGCACUUUGUCCAGUUCUUCCAUACAGUCACAACUUACAAUUCCAAAUUUCAACGCCCUGGAAAUUUCCCAGAAGUCUCAGCAAAAAAACAGUAUGAAUAUAGACCACAAUGCAUUACAUUUGAACGAUUUGCCAUUAAGAAAAAAAA